CUGGCAACAGUGAGGCUAGCAAAAUGGCGGCGCCCAAGCUGCUGCUGCUCGCGGCGUUGGCAUAGUUGCGGCAGAGUAGGCUGCAGUGACAAAUUCUAGGGACGGCAUGCAAUCCUUAGGUUCAGCUUUGAUGGCAAAUAGCAUGUCACUUCUACUAGGCCUGGGUUCAGGCCUGACCCUGGGUUGGUUGCUGGGAGCGAGGUUCGGACUCCGCAGCGGUCUGUCGAAGCUCUUGGGCUGCUCUGUCGGGGCGACGAUACGGGGCACCGGCGAGUGCACCGGUGACGAAAACAGCGAGUACAAACUGGUGCUGGUGGUGCGCGGCGACAUCAAGAUGGAGAAGGGCAAGGCGGCCGCCCAGUGCUCGCACGCCGCCGUGCUCGCCUACAAGCAGGCGCAGAGGGACUCGCCCGGAUCGCUGCGACAGUGGGAACGCCAGGGACAACGAAAGGUGGUGCUUCGUGCAUCGACAGAAGACGAGUUGCUGUCGCUGGCAAGCGCAGCGCGUGCCAAGGGCCUCAUCACGAGUCUGGUGCGGGACGCCGGCCGCACCCAGCUGGCGCCUGGCACCCGCACCGUGCUGGGUGUUGGGCCGGCGCCUGAGCAGGUCAUCGACUCCGUCACGGGACACCUCAAGCUCUACUAAGAAACCACGCCCUCGCGAACCUCGUGUGCCGAUGCUCACGAAUAAGUGUUGUGACGCUGUUGCACGCACACCAUGCGGAUGUUCCUCAAGGCCGUCCAGCAGCCUCAGCAGUCCAUCCCUGUGCUUGUGCAUCACUCAUUUCGAUGCCUGCUACGCUUGCGGCCGUGGGCCUGACAUUUCUCGAUUGGCAAUCGUGAGACUUUCGACGGUUCGCAAGCUAGACGAGUUGCAAGCCUUCGCUGGUGUUUGAGCUUAAUCUUUGAAGGCAGACAACGAAGGCCAGCGGUGCUCCUUGCUUCAGCCCGAGAGAUCCUGCUAGGGACUGGCCUGGGGAAAGGGUGUUAAUAUUGCCACGUGUUCGACCAAAGAGACACUGCCGCUGACGAGGUGGCGACGAUGUAUUGCACGGGCGCCUCCUACGUGACACGUCAUGCAACCUUUGAUGAAGUACUCAGGUUCUCGAGGCCCCUACGUUAAAAACUCCUCAGGUGUACAGACCGCCGUGUUUCAUGUGGAGAAAGCAGUCGCACUGCAAUCCGGGCAUCUCGGGUUAGCAUCACCGUAUACUGGGACUGAGAGGAGAGGCGACAAACGCGGUGUCCUUGAUUUUCUCGUAACUUUUCUUUCCCUUUUUCUGAAGUGAACUGUUUUUUAGACUAAUCAGUUUACCUAGAAGCAACAUUGUCGAAACAUUUCAUAGGUUCUCAAUUUUAGUAGAAGUGACUCGUUCGGAAUAUACGACGUCACGCGAGUUCAGAGCGUGUUGCGACACGUACUCAUUCAAGUCUCCUUUGCAAUAAAAGCGCACAAGACGUACCAAGUA